GUGGUGAGUCCGAUGGACGGAGGACCUGAUAUCGAAGUCUGGCAGAGAGCUGGUGUUCCUACCGCCUCUUUGUACAAUGAAAACGAAAAGUACUUCUGGUUCCACCAUUCCGAUGGGGAUACGAUGAGCGUUGAAGAUCCAGACACUCUAGACAAAUGUCUUGCCCUUUGGACCUCAGUCGCCUAUGUUGCAGCUGAUAUCACGCACAAGAUCCCGCAGACAGAAGUUCAGCAGGAGGGACCUCGUGUUACUACAACUGCCCCUUGAAUGUAUAAUAAAUAUUGUUUGUGAAAUGA